AUGGGCCUCUCGGGUGAGCGCUCUCGUAUUCUGCCGCAACCCGAAUCGGCGGAUACAACCCACGAGGGCAAACGGUACCGAGUUUACCCUGCCCGUUGGUUGGUGCUCAGUGUGUGUUGUCUUCUCGCAAUCUCCAAUGCAAUGCUUUGGCUUAGUUUCAUCGCACUAACCGAACAGACACGGAAAUUCUACUGCAGCGGUAGCGAUUGUUCGCCUGCUUUCUUCACCAGCCAGAUAUUUCAGCUGGUGGCUGUUAUCACUGGUAUAAUUGGAAUGUACAUCACUGACAAUUACGGUAUUCGUCUGUCGAUCAUGUGCGGUACAUCGCUGAAUUUCGUUGGAUCUCUGCUUCGAGUAAUAUCGUCGAUACCAACGAUUGACAACACUGCUGUUAGGCAGACAUUGCUUCAUACAGCACUGAUUAUGGCCUCAUUACCGUCCAAUGCUGUGCCCCCACUCGAUGGGAUCAGUAUUUGCCGCGUCAGCUCAGGCAUUCUUUCUGGUUCUGCCGUCCAAAAUUGCCGAGACAUGGUUUCCGGAUCGUCAGCGAUCACUUGCAAAUGUACUAACAUUCAUAGGCGGCUGCGGCAGAGCAACGGUUACGAUCCGGGAUGGACCCUCACUUGCUGUAAUCGUACUGCUGAAAUUAGUGGAGCUGACGAAGAGUCAAACUCGAUCGUAACACUUCGCUACACGGCGCCGUUUCUAGCGCAGCAGCACCAGGACUCAGCUAAUCCUCUCGGCGUUGUUUUGGCAACUAUCGUCCCAUCAGUGUAUUUCGCAGAGGGCGUUCAUGUAGAGCGAUAUUCGUGGCACAUGUUCGAGUUUAACGCCAGCAUGGCCGUUAUGCCAACUAUCACUUUUGCAUUAUCUUUAUUCGUGAGGAGCGGUUCACCUCCUACGCCUCCAUCUGCUUCAUCUGAAAAUCACUCCAGUGAUGCGCCAACUUUUUGGAAGGCUAUCAUUGUAUGCUUCAGGAGUAAGCAGUUCGUCUUACAACUGUUCACCUUCGCUCUAGCAUUCGCUGAACUUUGGGCUUUCAUGGUGAUCUUGUCCGAUAUCAUCAGCGAGCAAGGAUACAAUCUCUUUGCCUAUCCGACCGCAUUGGCAGCGUUAACCGGAGUCGCCGCGUCGCUUAUUUGCGGAGCAAUCGCCGAUUUUACAAAGAUGUUCAAGGAAAUCGUUCGCUUUUGUUGGGUGUGCUUUGCUGUUGUUGCCAUCUUUGUCAGAAUAUGGCUUCGCCAUAAAUGGACGGAUACAAGCGACUCGGCCGUUUUAUUGCUCGCCUGUGCGGCACUCGGUGCGUUUUCGAUACCACAAUUUCCUAUCGGCGUGGAAAUGGGUGUCGAGACCACCUUCCCCGUAUAUGAAGCGACGUCAUCUGGACUACUAGUGCUGAGCGGGCAGUUAUGGAUGUUCAUCAUGAGUUAUAUGUUUGAGACUGUGAAGAAUCUGAACCUGUUUUACGAUUUCAACGAGAAGUCAACAUCUGGGAACUGGCAGUUGAAUCUCGACAUUUGGUGUGUGCUAGCUGUUUUUGCUGUCAUCCUUUCGUUUAUAAUUAAUCCCACGUACAAACGGAUGCUUUACGAACAAAGCGUGAGAGAACAACCUACGGGAUCAGACCAUAAUCGAUGCUAUGAGUUAAAGUCCGAUAAAACAUUGGCGAUGAAACAAAACGGCAAAGGACCUGCUAACAUCAGAAAUGGGCUUCCAACGACAUUGAAUGACAAGGUGUAA